GGCUUCUACUCCCUAAUUUCAAAGACGAUAUCGGGUUUUUCAGCAAAAGAAGAAAUUAAAGACUUAGCCUACUUCGUUCUCUCGCAACACCUCCACAAUGACGAUAGUCCACAUAGUGUUAUUCAAGUUCCGCACCGACGUCUCGGAAGACCACAAAUCCACCUUCGUCCGCGAACUCAAAACCCUCAAAUCCCUUCCCUGCGUCAAAGAUCAACGCCUCAUUGUCGGCGGGCCGUCCAUCACGGAUCCCAUCGAGAGGAGCAAGGGCUACCAUUUUGCGCUAUUGAGUUUCCAUCAGGAUCGGGGAGCGCUGGAGGCGUAUCAAGCUAGUCCGGAGCAUCACAGGGUAACGAGUACAUACCUGUGGCCGUUUAAGGAGGAUGUGACGAGAUUUGACUUUGAGGUUGAUCAGGACGACGAAUAUAUGUGCGAGUUUAUGGCCAAGGGCUUGGCGAAUGGGUCGGCGUAG